GGCAGUUACCGGAGCCCGCAUCCUCGCCAUGGUCAACCUGGGGGUGCGGCGGGUAGAGGACAGCGUGGCCGCCAAGCACCCGGCGCUGCAGCAGUACGCGGCCUGCCAGUCCCACGCCUUCUUGAAGGGCAUCGGUACCUUCCUGGCAGGCAGCGGAGCCGCCUUCGCCGUGCAGAAGCUGUUGAACAAGAAGUUGCCAUACAGCCCGCAGUGGAGCCUGCUCCUGGCCGGGGUUGCAGGGUCCAUCGGCAGUUACGUGGUAACCAGAGCUGAGACACAGAAAUGUUCUGACUUCUGGAUUUACCUGGAGACAGGCAAGUCCUCCACAGAGCUCACCAUGGAUGCCAUGGUGUCUGUGCCCACAGAAAAUCCUCCCAGCCCAGAGGACAGAGAGACUGCGGCGCCAGCAGUGAGGAGGAACAAGUACGGGGACGUGGUGGAGUAACCAGCAGAGCACAGUGCACUGUGCCCAGUCCUGCUUCACCCCCUCCUGUCUGCAGCUGCCUCUGCUGCUGGUGGGCUCUGUGGCAGUGCCCUGGAGCUCAAUGGUGCAGGGAGAGUGUGGCAGAGGCAGUGUAGGGAUUGCUGCCUCCCAGCUGGCCUCUGAGCAUUGCACGUGAGUGGCACAAUAAACACUGAGAGCUGAAACUGCA